AGUACGAAUGCAGCAGCAAAGAGCAUAGUCUCACCUUAGGACCGUGCCGGGCUUGGCCUGUCCCGUGCAGAGCGGCUUUAACCAGUGCAUGAAUUUUAACACAUUAUCGGCACCAGCGUAUGCCAGCGCUGCAGGUCAGCCGCGCCAGCAGAAUCAGAUGCGCUCAAUGCGCGGCCGGACCGGAGGGGGAAGAAGAUUAUGACGACAGAGAUGUUGGCGGGAGCAAGAAGCGCUAUGGAUGGAAUAAUGCUGCGCAGAGUGGACAUACGAUUCCGGGAGGCGAGAACGGUUGGAGAAACCCGGCAGGGAGGGGCAAGGGGAGGAAUGCAGAUAAAUUUCGCAGGCUGUCUAGGAUGUAACAAACCUGUGUAUUAUCGACAACUGCGUCAGAGAGCAUAGCAGAGUGGUCAUUCAUGAACUUGGCGGUGGCUUGGCGCAUAAUGGUCUGAUCUUUGGAGUUAAGGUAAAGAUAUCUGCCACAAAGGACGCAGGCCUGUUCAGAGACGCGACAGCGCCCAUAAUCGAACGCUUUGUCCCUCCGCGCGGGAUGCUACCGAAGCUGUCGCGGCAGUGCUGGCCACUGGUGAAGCAUGAAACUAGCUUGUUGCCUGUGCUCUUCCUCAAGCUAAACCUCGAUCACUAUGCAAGUACAUUAGCG